AUGACGCAGCAGGGCGGCAGCCAGCGAGACCUGCCGGGCGCUGAGAAUGGACCGUACUUGUUGCAACCGCUGCUAGAAGACGUACCCCUCUCCGAAGAUGGCUCCAAGAGCGACAUCAAAAUCAAUUGCGUAGAGUACUACGAUGGAAAUCUUUAUGUCGGCACGUCGGCCUCCGAGCUGUUACACUUUGUCCGAAUUCCACCCGAUCCUACCGAUAAAAAUGGCAAGCCGAUGUUUAUUUCAGCAUCAAGACUCGCGCCUACAUUCUCUGAGGCGAAUGGAGGACUACGGCCCGGAGUGCAGCAGAUCUUGCUGCUGCCACGAGCGGGCAAGGCUUGCAUUCUCUGCAACUCGACCGUAACAUUUUACUCGCUGCCUGAGCUUACGCCAAUUUUCGAGUCAACGCAAGUGAAAAACUGCAGUUGGAUAGGCGGUGUUGAUUUGAACGAACCGAUAAUAAAUGAGGACUCGAGAAGCGAAACAGACACAGUGACAAUGUUAAUGUCGCUGAAGAAGAAGAUCCAAGUGGUUCGCAUUGGCGAGAAUCCUCGGCCUCUAAAAAAUAUAGACUUCGCUGCCAGCAGCCUAUCCGUUCGCCGAGAUACAAUCGCCUGUGUUGCAGAUACGAAAGUAUACGCUCUUCUCGACGUCGACAAGCAGCUGAAGAUCCCCUUGAUGAACAUAUCGUCUUUGGAGCCCCCGUCUUCACCCGAACUAGUAUCUCAGCCGGGGAAUGUAUCUACAGAUGCGAGUGGAAUAUCUAGGAGCGCGUCAACUUCGCAGCCUGGACGGCAACCUGUUCCUCAGAGUCACACUAGGAGCUCCAGCCUCGGAGGGGCCAUUCUCGGCAAUCUAGGCCGCCAACAGGAUCAAGGAGGUGUUACAUCACGAACUUUUUCAUCGCCAGAUCAACCUGGCACGCCACAGUCAGGGCCAAUUACCGACAAGGCUCUGCCUGAAGUUCCCUCGGACCCGCAAGCCCGCCAAUCAUCCGACAUGUCGCGGCCUGCAGCACUGCGGCCUCAUAUUGCCUCACCUGCGCCAGAAGAAUUUCUGAUAGUGACGGGUACCAGCCCUGAAGAGGUCGGAAUCGGCAUGUUUAUCAAUCUAGACGGCGAUAUAACUCGGCCGACAAUAUCAUUCGAAAAGUAUCCCGAACAAGUUGUUGUAGAUGGUGGAAGCGCGAACUUGGCAUCAUCAAGAAACGGGUUGGCUGAAGAUGAUGACGGUUAUGUUCUUGCUUCCCUGGACGUGGAGACCCGAAAUGGUCCGAGAUUUGGCAUCGAAAUCCAGCGAGUGGACGCCGGGAAUGAUGCUCACCCUGAGAAGCAAUGGCUCUUUGCUAAUAGCCUGGAGCCUAAUGGCCCGUAUGGAAUCCGAUCGCUGAUUGGGAGUGACGAGACGCAAUUUGAAGAGAUUGUGGACAAACUCAGUGAAAAGCGUUUUUCAUCGUUUCCCAGUCCAAUAAGCGCAUCUGUGGCAUCCUUGAAGAGCCUUGAUUCCCGCACUGCUAGCUCUAUGGAGCGCCUGUCCAGGGAGCAAGAGCUAUUCGAAAGGAGUUUCGACUCCCAAGACGACGACUCUCUACCUGAUGGAUGGGAGACCAUUCGUGUAUCCGAAGGCGAGGAGUUCACCCGCAGACUGGCAAAAGUAUCUACCAAAUUGGUAACCUGGUCUAGCGACAAAAUCUGGUGGACAGUUCGGAACCCCCUUAUUCUACAGCUGGAAAAUACUCUUGGCGCUUCUAGCGACAGUCAAUUGCUGCCCGACAAACUAAACAAAGAUGACGUUUUCGGUACAAUAGCACGCAUUCGCAGCCGGGAGGUGAAGACGGAACUCGAAUUCAUGACUUUUCGAUAUAUGCAGCAAAAAGCAGGCGUUUUGCUGCUGAGCGCUCUGCUCCUCGCUCCACCGCACAAAGAACUUGCGGACGCAGAGAUCAAUGCUCUGGAAGAAAUACUUACCGAUAGUCAACUGGAUCCAAGAGUUGUUCUGUCCUUGAUUCCGGAAAUCAGAAAUGAAAUCAUUGAAGGACGAAAUGGAAUAUGGAUAUACGGUGGUGUGAAGAAGGUCACAGAGAUGAUCCUUUGCAGCGAUCAGUUUGAGGCUAUUGCAAAGAACAGUAUCGGGAAUCUGGAGUCCAGAACCCUUCAUUUCCUGCGCCGUUUCCUUGCCGCCUGGAGGAAAAUGAAAGGAUUCGGAAGCGUGCCAGAUGAGCGAGAAGUGUUCAGGACAGUAGAGGCCGCGCUUCUCCUUGUUCUUCUUGAGUUGGACCGGCGUGCCCCCAAGGCACUUGGAAGGCACAGUCCCGUCAAGAUUGAGCUCCACGAGCUUGUUGACAAGGGAGUGGAUUGUUUUGAUCGUGCUGUCGAUAUUCUUGAGUCUCACCGCCGUCUCUUCAUCCUCAGUCGCUUAUACCAAAGCCGUAAAAUGUCCGGGGAUGUUUUGGCGACAUGGAAACGAAUUAUCGAAGGCGAGCCUGACGAUGGACAAGAAUUCCAGGACGGCGAGCUACGCAUUAAAGACUAUCUUGCGAAAAUCAGCAACCAAUCUUUAGUCAAAGAAUACGGCGUUUGGCUGGCCAGACGAAAUCCGAAACUCGGCGUCGAAGUGUUCGCCGAAGAUAAGUCCAAGGCUGCAUUUGAGCCCACCCAAGUGGUUGAGAUCUUGAGGGAUGAGGCACCUAUGGCAGUGAAACACUUUCUCGAGCAUCUUACAUUCGGUAAAGGUCACACGGCAUAUAUUAACGAACUCGUCUUUUACUAUUUAGACGUUGUCAUUGACGAUCUAAAGUCGUCAGAGGCAAGCCGAGACGCGGUUAUGGCAGCAUAUGCAGCGUACAGGGCACUGCAAGCCCCCAAGCCCACAUACCACCACUUCCUGACGGCAAAUACGCCAGAAGAUAACGAGGUGUGGCAGAGCCGGCUACGGUUGCUCCAGCUCCUGGGUGGAGCGAAUGACUAUAACACGGCUAGCAUUCGACAGCGCAUGAACAGUCUCUCCGGGGACCUGCUUGUGCCCGAGACCAUCAUCCUUGCUGGCAGAGAAAGCCACCAUGAGCAAGCCCUACGCCUCCUUGUCCACAAGCUUGGCGACUACGACUCGGCCGUCUCUUACUGUCUGCGCGGCGGAGCCAGUGUCUUUUCUACGCAUGGAGGCACAUCGCAGCGACGUGGCGACGCAGUACCACCAUCCACCAAGGACCAGCAGCGACUGUUCAACGCGGUGCUGCGCGAGUUCCUCGCCAUUGAGGAUGCCAGCGAGCGCGUGGAGCAGACGGGCGCCCUGCUGGAGCGUUUCGGAGGUUGGUACGACCUGGACGAGGUGCUGCGUCUCAUUCCAGACAGCUGGUCCGUGGACGUCGUGGCAGGGUUCCUGGUCGGCGCGCUGCGACGGCUGGUGCGCGAGCGCCACGAGGUCAAGGUGGCGAGCGCGCUGAGCGGUGCUCAGAACCUUCGUGUGAGCUACGACUCGAUUACGAAUAUUGAUGAAAAGGGCCCGACAAAGGCUGAAGCGGAACCGCCGUCGGAAGCGACGUGA